CGAAUGGCACUGUUUUGUUGUAUUUGCAGUGCAAUAGAAGAAAACAACGCAGCGGCAAUUGAGUUUGUUUGCUUUAGCAGCUACGUGUUUUUCUUUCUAUAAUGGACCAUCUAAAAGGAUUAUUUAAGUCCUACGAGGCAUGGGUGGCCAAAAAUCCUGAUGUGGUAGGCGACUUUGAGACAACGGCUAAAUGGGUAUCCUACUUUGUGGCAGGUCGUAUAUCGAACUCAAGUGUAUUAUCCGAAUUCGUAUACACCUUGUCCAAUAUACUGGUGUUCUACAACGAUCGCAUUAUCGAAAAGGCACGUGGCGCCAACGAAAACGCCGUACUCCGGCUGCAGUCCGGCCUAUGCUACCGUCUAAAGGUCACACUGACGACGCUUGAAUAUUGUGAAGUGUUUAUCGAGAUAUCAGCGCGACGCAUGUUUGGGCAAACGGGCAAAUGGCUGGUGAUAACGCUCAUACAAGUGUUCAAGGCAGCGGGCCGGUUAUUUUUACUCAAACAUUCCACAUCAGACAUUAUCACUUCACCGCCCAUUGCAGCUUUAAACCGACGUGCGCUAAGCAAGCAGCGCAAAUCCGAAUCCGUAGCUGCAGACAGCGUGCCCCAAUCGGAGCAUUCCAUAACGUUUCAGCUGAAACGAUCCGGCCGCCUAAUACGGAAAGUUGAGGGUGCUCCUCCCAUACAAUAUCGUGAUUUUAAGCUGCAUGUGGACAGUGCGGAUGCAGCGAAGACACAAAUACCUCGCGAGCUGCUGCAAGCUGAGUAUUUGUACAUAGCCAAGCCGCUCAUUCAUUUGGCGGCCAUGGGCUUGUUCGGUCAACGCAGCUGGAAGCAGUACAUGAUAGCGCUCUCUAUUGAUUUAUAUAGCGUACACAUAUAUCGUCAGCAGCGACACCUGAUGUCCAAGCAGCAGAAGUUGGAGCUAAGCAGACGCUGCAUCAAUCUUUUGUACUUCCUCGUACGUAGUCCAUUUUACGAUAACUACACUAAGUCGCGAAUUGAACGAAUUUUGGGCUUUGUGGCACAGCAUGUGCCAAUUGCCAAAGUGGUGGCCGGCCCUCUAAAGGAAUACGUUCCACAGUGGCAGAACACCUACUUCUACCUGUGGUCCACUUGA